AGGGUUACCAACAGCGUUUUAAGUUCGUCUGUUAAAAGGAUCUUUGUGUUCUUAAAUAGGUUUCUUACAGGACUAACAUGAAAAAUGUCAUUAAAUGUUGCCGAAAUGUGAUUGCUCACAUUGAACAUGCAUCAUUGUAUCUAAACAGCAAUGGAAGUAACAAGAUACAAGACUGACGCGAAGUGUUAUCCUCGUUACCAAUCUGCAACUGGGCGAUUAUCUGACAUUUCAAGACGAACGAAUUCCCUUUGGAUUUCUACUUUCGGAGUAUCGUUUCCAACACAGGCACUUGACGAGGAGAUUGAAAAAGACACACAAAGUUAUCAUGUAGAUUUAUUUCUAUUUGAUAGAAACGGAGAAAGGAAAAUAUCCUAUACUAAUGGCACUAACAUGUUAUUGCAUAAUGAAGGUAUAAGCCUCCAGGAAUCAUACAAAUACGAUAAUAUGGAUACCUUCUUAAAUGAGAAACAACAUUUAUUGAAGUCUACAUCGGUUCUUAUCUUCCGAGACCACAGAUGUCUUAGGAAUGAAAUAAAGAAUGUCUCAUCUAAACAAAAUGUUGUCAUUUUAUCGAGCAAACAAAAAUGGUGCACACUUGAGAAAACACAUGCACAACAUCCAAAUUUGAAGUUUUCUACAGACGACAAAAUUGCAGCUGACAUCGGUUCAUUGCUUGAAAUUACAGCAUUUAAACCAUUGAGGCAUACGUUCGAUAUCAUCAAAAGCCUUAUAGAUGAAAUACAGGUCUUUGCUCCACCCAAAGAAAAGGCCAAUGGCUCCUUAUCUGAUCCUCAAACAACUGGACAUGCAAGCGGCUUACAAUUUACUGCGACCAGAACAGGAACUAAAAGGAAAUACGGUGACCUUAAAGACAAUUGGACUGGGACAUUAACUGGUGAUAAAAUAUAUUCAUUGCGUGAUGUUAGAGGUCGCCCUCUUGAAAAUAAUGUCCGCCAGACAAGAAGUAAGGAUACGCUAAGCAAUGCAGAGACGGGAAUUCUACCAGAUGGAAACUUGGGGUUUGUAUCCAGUAGUAUUAAACACAUCACUGACAACGGGAAAAAUAAGUUUGUAGAAAACAAACCCAAGUUUCAGCGUCUUUUGGGGGAAAUGAUUGGUAUGUAUAAACGAAGUAAGAUACCUGACGAUUUAAAGCCACCUCUUGGCGAUAUUCAGAAGGAAACAGUAAGUAGAAAGGUGUUGAACGACUUGUACACCAUAAGUAGUUCGAUACAAGGAUACUCAUACCGUUUCCACACCAGACUCCAGAUCUUUGUAUCAAAAGACAGCAUUGAUAGAUUGAAACCGGAAAUUGUCCAAACACUUGAAAAACAUGGUAUAAAGCAAGGUGAUUUUGACAUAGUUCCACCAAUUGAUGCUGUGUCUCAUUACAACAAAAUACACUCCGGAGCGAGAGUAGAAGGAGACACAAUCUGUGGCAGUCUUGCUGGAUUUGUUUCAAUGCACAGAAAGCAGAGCGAGGAUCUUUGCGCAAUUGCAUCAAAACAUGUCCUUGACGGACAAAGAUCUGUAGAACUUACUAAUGACGAACUAAGAAUCACGGCAGAUGUCAUUCCAGAAACAGCCCCAGGCGAUCAGCAAAUGGUUUAUGACAUUGCUGCAGCACAAAUCAGGACAGAGGACAAAAUUGACUGUGAAGGAAGAUUCAGAAACGAAAGUGGACAAUUUAUGAAAGGAAAGAUGUGCAGCUAUGAUGAUGAUGAGCUCAGUUGCCAAAACGUGCAUAUUUAUGGCGCAUCAACACCAUUAGGUCAAGGCAUAAUAUCGAUGACACAAUAUAAUCAACGCAUAGAAAACGAAGAAUCAAAUCCAAAUAGGGAACGCGAAGUUAACGAGCAAAUGAAUUUAAACACAGAAAGUGAAGAUAGAGAGGAAUCAAAUAUAAAUAAUGGACACGAAGAUCACAACAAAACAUACAUCGUUGUUGAAGACAGAGAGGGUGGUGAGCCAUUCUGUGCCAAAGGUGACAGCGGAGCAAUGGUGUGUGCGGACGACGAAGAUGGAAAUUAUGUACAAUUAAUUUCAACCGUAAUGGGAGAAAGCGGAGAAAGAUCUUAUACAACACUUCGUUUAACAAAAGCAAUUGCCAAAUUAGAAGAGCAGACAGAGAGUCAAAUAUAUUUUCUAGACUGAGAGGUUAACGUUGCCCCUAAAUAUGUAUAAGCUGACUGGUUUAUAUAGGGGUAUUCUAUCUUUGAAUUGAAUUCACAAUUCCGGAUAGUGCCCUUAACUUGAAGUCGUGCUUUUGAAAUUUCUUUUAGUAACAACGCCGUAAAAUAUGUUUAUAGUUUUCAAGCGGGAACCGGAAACACAGACAAAUGUCAAAUGUUCCAGUAAUGACGUCAUAAAUGACGUUGGACAGCAGACGAUUUCGCAGUGUCGUAGUCAAAAGAAAACGCAUUCAAAUGCGGUAGUAAUCGAUUUAUUAUAUUUAAGAAAUGUUGAAAAGUGCAUAUUUUUUACGUGCUCCAAGUAUGCUCAUGCGAUUUGCUGGGACACUGAUAAUUCAGCGAAUAAUAUAAAAUACAUUUGUAUUUCAGCUGCAAGUUUAUUAGUACAUGUUAAUCAAAGUUUGUUUUAAGUUUCAUAGCAAUACGACAAAUAAUGACGUUAUACGAACAGUCUACGAACCUCCCGAUCACCCCUCGUACAAGAAUUAACAGAUACAUACUAGUAGAUAGCAACGCGAGGAACUUUAUUAAAAAAGAUAUUUUCUUAACUAAGAAGCAGUUAACCUGAAAUGGUGUUCCUUUCGUAACUUGAAAGCUUCGUUUAUAAAUUCUGCUAUAUUUGAUUGAGCCUGUACAUGGAUAGUGGAAAUGCAAGCUACUGUCCACGCCCUCUAUCCCCGGGUUGAGCAGAACUCGACAUGUUAUACGUCCCAAAAUACAAUUUAGAGACAUCUGAAGAUGUAUUCAUACGUCGGUGCGCAUGGAACCUUCAAUGAUGCACUGAAUGCAAUUCCAUGAAAAGCGGCGUAUGGUCCCCAGAUAAAAUAAUGGUUUUUCACUAAACGAUUAAUUAUUGGCGGAACAAAACAAAAAUGGUAUUUAGAGAGGGUAUCUGUGGUUACUGAGCCUGCAUAUCACAGAAACUGGCAAAUGACAAAAUUAAAAGGCAAGCAUCAUAUCCAAGGGGUGAUUAAACAAUACCCAUAGCUUUUAAAGCUGGAGUAUUUGAACCUCUAAGUUGAAACAAUAAACAGCACACUAACACAACAUACAUGUCGUGGUGAACGAUCUGAAGAGAUCGAAAUAUAACAGCUCUGACUGAAGAUACAGGGAGACAUUUUACGGCCGCCACUUGGCACAAACAACGCUGCUGGAAAAUUAUAUUAAAAUUAGAUCAUGUUACAUGAACAAACUUUACAAAUACAUGCCUCUCUUAUAGUUCCAGAAAACCUACCAAAUUCUGUUUCUUGCUCUUAAACAUGUUAGUUGUUUUCUUAAUGCCUUAUUAGUUACAAUUUCUACAGUAGAUAAUUUUCAUGGCAAAAAUUCGAUUUUAAUUUUCUAAAAUAUUCUAGUUUAGGUAUCGUCUUGAUAGUAGUAUGUCAGUUGUGGAUAUACUUGUCCCGCAUGCAUUGUUCAAUACAUGAAAAAUAGUUAUAAUAUCCGUUAAAAUCAGUCCCUAUGAAUCCUAGUCCAAGUCUCUCUAACACUAUUUUGAGUAACAAUAGUUUGAUAUAUAUAUAAUCUGUUUUCAUACAUGAAUUACUGUAUACAUGUGAGUAGUCUGUCACAUUAUGUUAUAUAACAUCAGCAUCAAUACAGCAGCUCGAAUGAUAAUCCAAAUAUUAACGUGAUUUGUUAACUUUAUUGUCUCAGUAUUUUGUAUAACUAUUAUGCAGGUAAAUUUCAUGCACUCAGUAUUUAGGUUUUGUAGCAUUUCCUAUGCAUAUGAAUAACCAAGUUGAUUAAUCUUGUCAGUUUUCGCAUCCUGACAAGGCGGACUUGUCAACUUUCGCAUUCGGACAAGAUGGACAACAUAAUGUAAAUAGUGUGUUGAUGUUAUACAUGAACUAGUUUGAUUGUGAUGCAUGUUUUAUGAGAUUUUCUUGAUAUUUUGUAAAUAUAAUUCAGUUUGCAAAGCAUUUUGUAAACAGAUGCAUGUCUCACUGUUAUUAUCUUGUCAACUUUCGUUUUCGGACAAGGUUUACAACGUAGUGGAAAGUUUUGAGUGUUGAUCUGAAGUAAGUUUUCAUGUCUAGCUCUUCUGUAUUAGUAUUCAGAUAUUUAAUCAUAUGUUUCAGUUGUAGCAAUAAGUUUAUCAAUAUAAUCAUUUUUAGUAUAGUUAGUAUACUGACACUAUGUACUUGAAGUAGUAGAUACUAUUAUGUUAUUAGUGCUCGCAUUCAGGUACACAAAUACAGAGUACAUUACAACCGAUUAUAUUUAUUUCCAAUUUCAGUGUCUCUUUCGGACCAGUCCGUGGCGAUUUAUUAAAUUUCAUUCUAAACUUCUAUACUACUAAUUGUCUAACGUUUUACUUGACGUUAUAUUUGAUACGACCAAUGUCUAUAUUGCUACAAUCAAUUGUAUUACUAGUUAUAAACUUUACGUCACAUUUGAUAUGAUGACUGUAUAUACUGUUAACUUUCGUUUGCUGUCACCAUAUACUUAUAAAUGCUGUAUUUUGCCACAUGGGUCUAUGACCUUCUGGUUUGUAUGAAAUAAAAUCUUGAAUCUUGAA